AUGUUUACCCAAUUAUUGGCUGUUUUGUUCAGCUUGUUAACUUUGAGUGCUGCCUACUCUACAGAUGUUUUAGACACUUUAAGAAGAGAUUCUUUCAUAGCCAACGCUGCUUACUGUGUUGACCAAAUGAUCUUUUUGACUUCUGAAACUGGUCAAACCGCUUUAACUCAGAACUAUGGUUUGAACUUCACCACUGUUUUUUCUCCAAACUUUACUGAAGCUGAAGUCACUGGUAACUCCUUUAUUGCUGUCAACGAAAGCUCCAAGACCAUUUACGUUUCCUUCAGAGGUGGUGCUUCCAUCGGCGAUAUCUUUACUGACUUUGACUCUGAUGUCGUCUCCUACAAGCCAUUGUACUCCGUUCCAAAAACUACUUGUGAUGACUGUUUAGUCCAUGAUGGAUUCUACUCUCAAUUCAAAAAAUUCUCUGGAAGUGUUUUCAGUGGUUUGAUGACUAUCUACCAAAACAACACUGACUAUGAUGUCGUUGUUACUGGUCACUCUUCUGGUGGUGCUUAUGCCUUGUUGUUCGGUAUUGAAUUGAAAUCUUUGGGUCACAGUCCAAGUGUUGUCACUUUUGGUAGUUUUAGAGUUGGUAAUGACAAUUUUGCUAAAUGGGUUAACAAGUUGUUUAGUGUUGAAGAUGCUGCUUCUUCAGUUGCUGCCAACAAGACUAUUGACCAAACCUACGUUAGAGUUGUCCAAAAACAAGAUGUUGUUCCAUACUUGCCAGCUGGUGAAAACUUUACCCAUGCCGGUUUGCAAUUCCAAAUCAACACUAACCAAACUUACUAUCCAACUAUUGAACAAGUUGAAUUUGAUUCCAACUACACUGUCUCAACUUUGGACUCAAGUUUGAGUGGUAACUUCUUUACUGACAUUUAUUCUUUGAAUUUGACUUUUACUGGUCAUACUUCUUACUUCAGAAGAAUGUCUUUGCCGUGUUUACAAGAUAGUAUUGUUUUUUAA